AAAAAUUUAAUCACCAUCAGCAUUUUUUGUUUUUGAAAAUCAGUGUCAGGUUAAAAUAUCUAUUGAAAAUUGGAAUUCACAUUAGCAUAAGUUAUAUAAUUAGAAGACUGAAGUAUACCACAUAGAAGGUGUGGCUGAAGUAUGAUGCUCGCGCCCUGCUGCUUAGCCUCGCCUUAAUCAUUACGACUGUGGCGGCGGUGUGUUUGGGCGUGGCAGCAGGCUGGCCUGGCCGCCAGGGAGUAGUAGUGUGGUAACUGUGUAGUGGUGAGAGCGUAAGCCAGACCCUCCUCCCACCCGUCCUCUUGUGCUCCUCAACAUUUCACAGAGCAUCGGUGAAAUGGUGCUGAGGUAGCAAGAUACGAGGGUGGUAACUUGUACUUGUUAUCACCACCACUUCGAGACUAGUUCUUUUUCUUACUACAACUAUGACUUCCAUCCAACGAGGACCGGGACUCUAUGAGUUCCUCACUGAAGCUGAACUUCAACACUACUUCAACAAUUUCAAGAAUACUCUUAAGGUGCAAAAUGUAGGCCAAAUAAAAUUUGUAGCUGAUGAAGAUCUACAAGCCAUGGGAAUGUCACGUCCAGAAAUUCGCCGGCUUAAGAAGUACUUUCAUAAGUAUUGUCCACAGACUUAUCUGUCAAAGUUCAAAAAGAUUUUAUUAAUACGUAAAGAUGGCUUAGACUCUCCAGAAGUAGUAGUGCCAGAUGAUGCUGGAGACCGUCCUAGUGUUCGUGUUCCCAGUAAACACAUCAUUCCUGCUGAUGCCAUUGUCAUCAACAAAGAGUUGGGUGUUGGGGAGUUUGGUGUAGUCCAACAAGGGGUUUGGACCAAUGAAGAAGGAGAGAGAAUUCAGGUAGCCAUCAAAUGCCUAAGCAAAGAGAGGAUGCAGACACAGCCCAUGGAGUUCCUGAAGGAAGCCGCCAUCAUGCACACCAUAGACUCUGAGCAUAUUGUUCGACUCUAUGGUGUUGUACUUGAUACUAAUGCUCUUAUGUUGGUAACGGAACUGGCUCCUUUGCGAUCAUUGCUGGAAUGCAUCAAAGAGCCCUCUCUGAGAGUAAGCUUCCCAGUCACAUCACUCUGUCACUUUUCUAUUCAGAUCUGUGAUGGUAUGUCUUACCUUGAAGGCAAGAGACUUAUACACAGAGAUUUGGCAGCAAGAAACAUUUUGGUUUUCUCAAAAAACAAAAUAAAAAUAUCAGAUUUUGGACUAUCAAGAGCGUUAGGAGUGGGAAAAGAUUAUUACCAAACAAAUUUUAAUGUAAAUUUGAAACUCCCAAUAGCAUGGUGUGCUCCUGAGUGUAUUAACUACUUGAGAUUUACUUCUGCUUCGGAUGUUUGGGCAUUUGGUGUGACACUGUGGGAAAUGUUUAGUUAUGGAUUCCAACCAUGGGCUGCCCUUACUGGCCAGCAGAUUUUAGAAGCCAUUGAUGAGCCAAAUUUUCAGAGGUUAGAACAGCCAGAGGCAUGCCCUAAAGAAUAUUAUACCAUAAUGCUUAAAUGUUGGCAACAUGAUCCUGCAAAGAGGCCUAAGUUUGUUGACCUUAUGAAUAUUCUUCCAGAUUGUAAACCAGAGCAAGUUCAAGUAGUAAGAGAAUGUGAGGACCCACCUGCUACACCAGGGGGAAAAAGAGACAGACUUCAGUAUUGUGUAGGAGAUGUAAUCACAGUCUUGGAUAAGAGACCCAUGUCUGACAACCCAUCAGUCUGGAAAGGAGUGUUGAACACAGGCAAGACAGGACACUUCAACCCGGCCAAUACAGUUACUUACCUGGGCACUAAUAUACCCUCCAAUAAAUCAUCUUUCCAAAGAGGAGAUGGCAAGAACCCAUAUUCUUCACGGCGACGAUUGAGGCCAGAGAUGAUUUCAGGACCUCAGGGAGAUUUUAAGCACACUGGACAUGUAGGACUGGAUGGAGCAUAUUUUGGCGAUGUCUCCUUCCUCGGAGAUAAGGUCCAGGAUGGCAGAUUUGUUCAAAAAAAGCUUGAUAAGUACCAUCAGCUUCCCAAACAAAUAGUAACACCUUACAAGCCAUCAGAUGACCAUGAUCAGUCAACAUCAUUGACUAGGGCCAGUUCUGAUGUAUCAGAUCGAGCACCUCUUUUGAAAAAGGUUGGAGACAAAGGUCAAUCUGGGCCAGCAGCAGAGCACAACUGGUCUGACACAGCCAGUGAAGAUCAGCCAGACAGUCCCACACAGUCCCGCCAAGCAGAUCAUGAAUAUCAUGAAAUUUCAGAUGAAGAGGAACCUUUACCCAAGCCUUUCCGGAGUAGUUCUUUUGACCUGGGCCCAAGUUUGAUGGAUGAGGUUUUCAAGGCUUUGGGUGGCUCUGCUUCAUCCGGUCCAUCUUCUCUGGAACCCCCAUGUUCUCUCCCUCCUCUGACCCCUACUCAUCAGUCACAGGCUUUACUUGAAGAUAACGAAAGCCAUAAUGUAAAAAAUGAAAUUAAAGAAAUGGCUUCAAAAUUCAGCAACAAGGAUAGCUCAAAGAAAAAACAGGCCAUGGUGAAACCUAUCUCUGCAGCUGAUCAACGUACUUUGGAUUCGGCAAUAGCAAUGGCCAAUGAACUUGCUUCUAAAAGUAUGCUAGAACUGGACUGCAAUCAUGAGAGCUCAGCAGACUCUGAAGGAGCACCAGAUUCUCCCAUCACACCAUCAUCCCCGACUAAGCAUGGUGGAUCACGUUUCUCUUUCAAAUUCUCGUCCAAGGGUAGUCCAAAACCAGAGAGAAGGCACUUCAGUGCAGAAGCAGCUUCAAUACCUGAUAUUCAAUCAAGCAUAUCAGAAGAGGCCAAAGAAGUGUACAACUCACUGGUGGAACGGCCAGGAUUGGAUUGUGAGCCACCAGCUUACCGCAGUGAACCCCGCAGUGAACCUGAGCCACUAGUAAGUGAGCCAGAACCUGCGGAACACAACCCACUGCGAAUGUUACGUGCUGGUGUCACUGUUAGACCCAAGAUAAGGGGAAACAAGCACAAUUUUAGCUCAGGGUUCAGUACAAUUGAAAGAAGUCAUGGAAUGAGAGCUGGUGUUAAGGAAGGACUGACCACAGCACCUAACAAUAAUGCCAUCGAACUGACAACUCAUCAGACCUUACCCAAAGGUUUCAAGCAUAGCAAGGUUCCACCACCAGUAAAACCAAAGCCUUCCCCACUAGUUAUACCCAACUCUGCAUAUGGAGCUGCAAAUGAAUCAACUGGGGAGAGUAGCACUACUCCAGAUACCAUUAGCCCUGACGGAAACAAUCAAGAUGCCAUAAAUCUACUUCCAUUACCUCCCCGAGAUCGCACAAGAGCAGUUACUUCUCUUACUAAACCCAGACAUCAACGCAAGCACCCAUUAAUCAUUCCUGGGGGAGUGACUAACUCCUUGUUACGUGGUGGGGGUCAUGUCCCAGCUCUAGCAAGUGUGUCUGAUAAAGCAGAACACAGCAGCAAUCGUCUUGUCAUUCAGCACACACACAAUCCUCAGCUUGAGUCUCACAGUUCAACUUCUUCCACCACUGCAAGUGGAUCACCUGUUGUGGAUGGUCUGGUUAAUGAAGAGGGUACAAACUCACCCGGACCAAGAUUACCUCCAGCUAAACCUCCCAGAUUAUUCACAAGUCCGAGUGCCCUGGAUGACAGUUUUGAAAGUCAAGUGGCUAGCGAGAUGGAUGCUUUGGAUGACAUACAGGAAGAAGAUCAGAGUGUUUCGCCUUUAGGACCUUUACCUCCACCUUUUCCUAACCCCGAAUCAUUCACUAACACUUCUGACCAUCACAUAACUAUUAAUGGCUUUGGAGAGGGCCCAGGAGGGGGAAGUGGAUCAUUGUAUCAGUCUGGAGACCAUGUGUCCUGCGAGGACCUCCUGGACUUUGCUAUGGACCGACCCAACUCCAGACGAACUCAGGGACCAGCACGAGGCACCCAGUCUGAUGAGGUUCACAUAAUGCAAAAAGUUUUGAAAAAUGAGCAUGUGUCCCCCGAAGAAUGUGUUGUGGCACUGAAUGAAUGUGAGUGGGAUGUACAUCGUGCCCUUAAGCUAAUACGCCUUCAGCUGUUGCUUCCAGCUCACCGUGUACCAAUAGAAGCAGCUCGACACACACUAGCCUCUUUUUCAUGGGAUGUUAGUAAGGCGGCUUCCUACCUUAUGGCUACACGUGGGAUUAAUGAGGACACAGCACAAGUUUGACCUAUGAAAAAGAAUCUAUACAAGCAACAUAAAAAUAUUUAGUAAAUGCAAUAUGUAUUUUAUGGUAUAACUUAUUUGAUGUGUUACCAAACAUUAUUAGCAAGUAUUCAGGUUUUCUGCUGGUAAUAAGACAAUGUUACUCUUUUGGUCUUUAUAAAUAAAAUGUCUUUUGCUUAAAAAUCUUUAUUAGAUCAAUCUUCUUUAUAAACUGAGCAGAAGGGCUAGCCUGUACAGUAGACAUUGUUUUGCUGCGUGUCCUAAACUUGAUUACUAUACAGGUAUUUGAGUGGAAAAAGUAUUUUAUAUAGUACAGUACAGAAAUAAUCUUAAAGAAAAAAAAAAUAUCUGAAUCUAGGUCAAUUUUCAUUCAUACAAUUCUGUAUAUGCUUUAACUAUGAUAUUGCUGAAUUUUUCAGUGUAUGCCAGCUUGUUCCUAAGUUUUGUAAAUACAAUAUAUGCUUUACAUAUUCAACUACUGAUAUUUCUUACUACAGGCAUGAAAAAAGGAUGUAGAUUUCUUAAUUGUACUGUGUAUUAAGGACAAAUUAAUUGUAUUUUGGGGAUUACAUACAUAAAAUUUUAAAGUUUUGGUGACAUUUCAGAAUAUGCAACUUUCAUUCACACACUGUGGAUGAUGUGCAUAUUCUGUGAUAAGAAGUAGCUAGACAGUAUGUAUAUGCCAUGUUCUAUAUAUUAAGUGUAGAGAAAAUAGUUUUUAUUUAUUACUUUUCUAAAUUAUGUACAUAUUUAAACUGAGGAAAGAACGAUGGGAGGUGGACAUGUAACACUGCAUCAUGCGAACUUUGAACCUAAAUGAUAACCAUAAUAGUGUGUGAUGUAUUUAUAUAUUACACACUACAUACCUAUCUUUAGAAGGCAUUUUGAUCUUCAGUUUUCAUAAGCUUCGUGGAUAUACAAAAUUCAGCAUAGUAUAAGGAGCAUCUCAUUAGCUCAUUUUCUUUUUCCACUGAAUGAUGUAGCUGUGAGUCAAGUCCAGUACCAAGCAGCUUUCCAGUCUCAUUUUGUACUAUAUUUGUCUUCCAGUUGUAUUUUUUGAUGUGGGUGAGAAUUGGCGCGAGAUUACUAAUGAGCUUUAAACUUUUUUCUCAUUUUGCAACUUACUCAUUACAUUGUGUCAUAAUAUAGUACAUAUAUACUUACUGCAUUCAUGGGAGGCAAUCAAGUUUCAUCCAAGGAAUUUUAGGCCAGGUCCAAUUCCUUUGAUCAAGAUCCCCUCACCAGCGUCAAGGAACUUCCCUUGACGGGAGCACAGUAUAUACAUAGUCAUCUAAGGAAUCAAUAUUGUCAGUCGCAUCACUGCAUAUUUUCAUACUUUUGUAUUUUUAUAUAAUGUGAUCUGUUUAGAUACUGUAGUCCAAGUAUGUUUCAGAGUCUGAAAUGUCAUAUAUGGAAUCAUUCUGGACUUUAACUACAGCUACCAUCUGACUUACGACUGAGCUUGGUUCCGACCAUCCGGCCAUAAGUCGAACCUUACUACUGAAUAUCAACAUAACAUUGUUGUAAUGACUAUUUUAUUUUAGUAUUUCAUUUUUUACUUUACUUUUUAUGUUGUUAGGACAAACACUGUGUGCAACACAAACAGUUGUUUAUUUCCCAGAAAUUUGGCAUACAAAACACGGUCGUAAGUCGAGUGGUCAUAUGUCGAGCAGGUCGUAAGUCGAAUGGUAGGUGUAUUUCUUGGAGCUUAUUACACACAUUUCAGUUUUAUGCGAUUUACAAAGAUAUAUUGUAAUACGUACAUUGAGCCAGUGGCUAAGGUAUGGGGUUAUGUAACAUAAUUAGCAGUGCAAUAUUUGUAAGCCUGUGUAAUUUAAUAUACGAAGUAUAAACUUACAUUUUUA